GGAAGUGCGCAGGGGCCGGGUGGGGGCCGCCAUUACGGGGAGCGGAGCAGGCCUCGCGGCGCGGACGUUGCGCCGCGACCGUUAGGCGGGCCCCACCGCGGCCUGGCGCCGCCGCCUCGCCAUGGAGGAGAAGGGCUUCGCCAAGGAGCUGGACCAGUGGAUCGAGCAGCUGAACGAGUGCCGGCAGCUCAGCGAGAGCCAGGUCCGCAGCCUCUGCGAGAAGGCUAAAGAAAUUCUUACGAAGGAAUCAAAUGUGCAAGAGGUACGUUGCCCUGUCACCGUCUGCGGGGAUGUCCACGGGCAGUUCCAUGAUCUUAUGGAACUCUUCAGAAUUGGUGGGAAAUCACCAGACACAAAUUACCUGUUCAUGGGAGACUACGUGGACAGAGGCUAUUACUCGGUGGAAACAGUAACUCUUCUAGUAGCAUUAAAGGUGCGUUACCCGGAACGCAUUACGAUACUGAGAGGCAAUCACGAAAGCAGACAAAUCACGCAGGUGUACGGCUUCUACGACGAAUGCCUGCGCAAGUACGGGAACGCCAACGUCUGGAAGUACUUCACGGAUCUCUUCGAUUACCUUCCGCUUACGGCUCUAGUAGACGGCCAGAUAUUCUGUCUCCACGGUGGCCUCUCUCCGUCGAUAGAUACACUGGAUCAUAUCAGGGCUCUGGACCGCCUGCAAGAAGUUCCGCAUGAGGGUCCCAUGUGUGAUCUGUUGUGGUCGGACCCCGAUGAUCGUGGUGGCUGGGGUAUAUCUCCUCGUGGCGCUGGCUACACGUUUGGGCAGGAUAUUUCCGAAACCUUUAACCAUGCCAAUGGUCUUACACUGGUCUCCCGUGCUCACCAGCUUGUCAUGGAGGGUUAUAAUUGGUGCCACGAUCGAAACGUGGUUACCAUUUUCAGUGCGCCCAAUUACUGUUACCGCUGUGGGAACCAGGCUGCUAUCAUGGAACUAGAUGACACUUUAAAAUAUUCCUUCCUUCAGUUCGACCCGGCGCCUCGUCGCGGAGAGCCCCACGUUACCCGUCGUACCCCAGACUACUUCCUAUAAGUGUCUCCUAACCUCCGUAGAAGGAAGUACACGUGGCGUUUUAAAGAGCAACAAUAUUUACACGUCUUUGUAAGAAAGCGGGGUUCGUCUCUACUAAAACUCCCCAUCAUGGACCAAAAUGUGCCAUACUGAGGACGAAGAGCGUUUAGCACAACUUGAGACUGAAUUCCUUACAACACUAUAUAUCCCAUACCUAUCAGUCCAACAGUCAGUUUGCCUGCUGUAUUUGUGGUCAUUGUUUUUUGUGGUUUGUUUUUUUUUGUUUUGUUUUCUUUUCUUUUUCCCCCAUUCUGGACUGUGCAGAGAGAAGAAGAUAACUCUAACGCUUCCCUCUCCUUUUACGCUUCUUUGUAAAAAACAAAAAACAAAAAAAAAAAACCAAAAAAACUUUUUAGUUGUAGUGGAUAACCGGCAUGACGUAGAGUUUGGAGUUUUAUUUUCAAGGGCCACUAACUUCUUAGCCUGCCACUCGCUUCUUGUUUUAUCGGAUGAGGACCGACGUAACUGGA